AGCAGCAGCAGCAGCAGCAGCAGCGGGAGCGGCGGGGCGGGCACGCGGGAGCCGGGCGCCGCCUCGCCCCCAUUGUGUGGCGCGGCCGCGGCUCCCCGGUGCCGGCCGCCAUCUUGUGCCGGAGGGGGUCCGCGCCGGGACCCCGUGUCCGUCUCGGCAGGGGCCCCGGGGCCGCCCUCCUGCCGAGAGGAGCCGCGGUGGGCAGCCCCUGCGCGCCGGCCGCGCCCCAGCGGGGCCUCCCCCGCGCCUUCGUCCCCGGAGGCCCAUCUCCCCGGCCGCUGCCGUUGCCUCGAGGCGGCGGGAAGAGCUGCCCUCCGCGUCGAGGCGAGCCGCGGCGGCCGCGGGACUGAUGCUCGGCCUCUGGCGGCGGGAGGCAUCCGCCGCGCCCGGCUGGGCCUGAGGGCCCCUGCGCGCCGCCGGCCGCCCCGUCUCUCCGCCUCAGCCCGGAAGCCGAUGCCGCCGCUGGACCAGCACCUGCCCGGGCCCCGGGCGUAGCGGUGGGCGCUGCCAGCGGCGCUCCCGAGGAGGCGGGUGCCCGCCGCCCACCGGCCGCGGAUCAGGAGACCGAGGGCCAGCCCCCCGGAGCCGCCGCCGCCGCUGCCCGCCCCAUCAGGCGAGGGGCAGGAGGCCCAGCCCGAGCGCGGCGCCGCGCCCCGCCCGCCCCUGCCGGCAGGCGCACCGGGCCGCCGCCGCGCCAUGAAGAUCAAGGAUGCCAAGAAGCCGUCUUUUCCAUGGUUUGGUAUGGACAUUGGGGGAACUUUGGUGAAACUUGCAUAUUUUGAACCUAUUGAUAUCACUGCAGAAGAGGAGCAGGAGGAAGUUGAAAGCUUGAAGAGCAUCCGGAAAUAUCUGACUUCCAAUGUAGCCUAUGGGUCCACUGGCAUUCGAGAUGUCCACCUUGAGCUGAAAGACUUAACGAUUUUUGCUCGAAGAGGAAACUUGCACUUUAUUCGAUUCCCAACUCACGAUUUGCCUACUUUUAUCCAAAUGGGAAGAAAUAAAAACUUUUCAACACUGCAUACGGUGCUCUGUGCCACCGGCGGUGGCGCUUACAAAUUUGAAGAAGACUUUCGCACAAUUGGAAACCUCCAGCUGCACAAACUGGAUGAGCUUGACUGCCUUGUCAAAGGCUUAUUGUAUAUUGACUCUGUCAGCUUCAAUGGCCAGGCAGAGUGCUAUUAUUUUGAAAAUGCCUCCGAUCCUGAGAGAUGCCAAAAGAUGCCUUUUAACCUGGAUGAUCCCUACCCGUUGCUGGUUGUUAACAUUGGUUCAGGAGUCAGUAUUUUAUCAGUCCAUUCUAAAGACAACUAUAAAAGAGUAACUGGAACAAGUCUAGGUGGAGGGACCUUUCUUGGUUUAUGCAGUUUGUUGACAGGCUGUGAAAGCUUUGAGGAAGCUCUGGAAAUGGCAUCCAAAGGAGACAGCACACAUGCUGACAAACUGGUUCGAGAUAUUUAUGGAGGAGACUAUGAAAGAUUUGGCUUGCCAGGAUGGGCUGUAGCAUCCAGUUUUGGGAAUAUGAUCUACAAAGAGAAGAGAGAGUCUGUUAGUAAAGAAGAUCUUGCAAGAGCCAUAUUGGUCACCAUCACCAAUAACAUUGGGUCUAUCGCCCGGAUGUGUGCAGUAAAUGAGAAAAUAAACAGAGUUGUGUUUGUUGGGAAUUUUUUACGUGUGAAUACUUUGUCAAUGAAGCUUCUUGCAUAUGCACUGGAUUACUGGUCAAAAGGCCAGCUGAAGGCCUUGUUCCUAGAACAUGAGGGAUACUUCGGAGCUGUUGGUGCUCUUCUUGGGCUGCCAAAUUUCAGUUGAGAUACCAGAUGUCACUACACUGAACUGUUUUCCACCUGAAUGACACGUGUUUAUUCCAAUGGGAACUAAAUCUGGGCAGGGGAGAAGAAAAUAGCAGAUUUCCUGUAACUCUUUAAGAAGUGAUUCGCUACUGAAUAUUGCCAUUAUAAGAAGGGGGUUUUCACUCUGUUGGGCAUUGAAAAGUGAACUGUUUGGGGAUAUCGUUUAUGUUCUUUGGUACAUGUAGCCAGUAUUGAACUUUUAAUACGCAAUACAUCCUCUGAAAACAAGCUUCCAGGAGAAGGAAUGCCAAACUGUUAAGUGUUCAGCAUGAAAAUACUGCAAGUUUACUCCUGAGGCUUUAGACCCAUCAUUUUUUUAUAUAAUUGAUGAAUGAAAAAUAAUUUUUCAUUAGUUAUACUACAUUACGAGCACAAUUUCCCAUGUGUACUUACAGAAAACAACUCUAAAAACAGUAAGGUACUAUCUACAAGAUGAGGGGUCUGUAGAUGAUUGCUUUCCACAGUACAAAUAGUAAUUAUUUUGUGUAAUGGAAAUAAUAUUAAUUAUUUAAUUUUCAGUGGGAAGAAUAGAAACACAAAAAAUCGGCCAAAGCAGCAGACUGAGCAGUUGAUGUUUUGAAGGUUUUGUGAAGAUAUUCACUUGCCCUUUUCAUUCAUUUGAAGGUGCAGCUGGUACUUUGGGAAACACCCUCUCUGUCUUUGGUUGGAUUUGGAAAAGAACUUAAUGAUUGAUGAAGGCAGGUUUUGGGGUUGGGAUUUCUUUGUGGACAUGACUUCCCAAAUGCAUUCUGAGGGUUUUUUUGUCUGUCUUAUAAAUUCUGACAUAAUGCAUCACUAUUUGUAAAGGUACCACAAAGCCUGAGAGCAUUGAAGAAACCUUUAUGAAAUAGACUAAAUGUGGGACCUCGUAAUUCUGAUGCUUUGGCUCUUUUCUGUGGAGGUUUAGAAAAUUUCUGCCCCAUCCUACUAAUUUGAAAAUGUGAUUCUCCUUAAUUUCAAGGAGUUGAUUAGAAUCUAAUUAGAUGUUGAAAAUGAAGUUGGCUUGCUUUUCGAUUUGGAAGUUUGUUUUUGAAUGUUGAGGACAGCAUCAGAGUUUGUAUUGCAGCACCAAAUGGACCAAUAUUUAGUGCACUUGCAAUAUGGAACCAUUCAUCAAAAUGUGGCCUUGGGAUAAAAUCCGUACUCCGGAACUGAUCUUUGGGUUUUUCUGUAUACUUUUAAAAUUUACAGUUGUGAUUACUGUAAUAAGUUUAGUCCUGAAGCCAGGGCAUGAGAUCUUAAACUGGUAAGAAUAUUAUACAGUCAUUAAAUAUAUGACUUUUUGUGGACUAAAGAGCUACCCAAUUUUAUGAUACCAUUUUAAUGUUAAAUAUUUCCUGUAAGUGCAUGAGGAGCAACCAGACUAGAACACAUUCAUAUCUUGGGUUUUAAGGUAUUUUUAAAACUGAUUGCGCAAGUAUUCCACAGCAUGGCUGUGUUGUAUUCACAGACACAUCCACCUAGUGUGUUAGAAAUCUCUGUGUGCUAUUUUUAGUCUUCUCUUUUCUUUUCUUAAAAUUCAAAGCCCAUUACUAACGUUAUAUGUUAAAGAUCUGUGGUCCUUGAAGAGUACAGUAACUUAGAGUAGCCAACUCAUUAAGCCCAAUGCCAAUUGCAAACACAGUUCCAUUUAUUGUUGGUUUUCCUGGUACUUAUGCUACAUAGCCAUUAUGCUUGCUUUGAUGUUUCAUUUCACACUUAAAACCAAACAAAAAUUACACUUACAGUUCAACUGAUCUAAUGCUAAAUCAUAGCACUUCAGAAAAUAAGUGAGUGUGGUUUUUAUAGAAUGUCUUUAUAAAUACUGUUUAGUCUUCCUUUUAAGUUACGAUUUACUAUAGAAAGUAACCUUUAUUUGGUUAUAAAACUUUGUAAAAAAACUUAAUUUUCUGAAUGUUUUGACAGCGUCCUGAAAAUUUUGCAAACCAACUGCAGAUUUUUUGCAAAGUGAAGUACUUUAAGACACAUACUACAGCCUGAUUAGAAACAGUUCCUUUAGACCAUAUUUAUUGCUACUUCACUUGUCAUUUUGUGAUACUGAAAGAGAGCUGUUCUUGAAGCAGUAGUUGUUACUUGUAUAUUUAACCAGAAGCACAUGCAGAAGAUGAUUACCUAAUGACAAUGGUUGAUUUAAACCACUUGAAGUUGAUAUGACCUAAGAUACAUUUUUGAAGUAAUUUGUACAGAGUUACAGAAUGAAGUAAUGGAGUAAUUCUUGAGUAACUGUACUGUACAGAAACUACUGUGAGAAUCAAAACGUAUGCCCUACCUCUAUUUUACUUUCCUUGAGCUUCUAAAAGCGGCUUCCUUUUGCUAGUUUUAUCAGCACAAUUGUUUCUUCCUUACAAGAGCAACCAGAGUUUUCAAGCCUUGCUGUAGAGCCCGGGGGUCCUGUAUUUAAACCACAUCUUUGGGUUUCAUCUCAUUUUCUCUCAACUUGGAACUUGUUACUACAGUCUCCAAAGAUUGACUCUACCGUGAGUAGAAACGCUAGGCAUCACAAAUAGUUGCAAGAUAAACCUUAAAGUCUUCUCGUCUAAGUUGUCUUCUGAAUAGAUUGAAAAGGUUUGUUUCUUUUAUAUAAAUCACUGAAGUAACUUGUUUUUCCUGAUCUUUUCUGGUUUUACUUUGACCCUUGCCAUUUCUUUUCCUCAAAGCUAACUGGUUGAAGCAGCUUUAGAGUGAAUUGAUUCAAUGUGAUAUACUACAGUAGAGAAAAUUUGGGGGUUUCUCAGGGCUGCGGUUGUCUUCUGAAGUGGAACCACUUCUCUAGAGGCAAGUGGUGCGAUAUUUCUUCUAAAGUAAAACGUAAAGCUCAUUUUGAAUGUGUGAUCAUUUUCAACUCAAACAGCCAUGUGAGUGCCUUUUCAUUUUUUUCAUAUAAUGCCAAUUUUGCUGGUACCAGGACUUUAUCCAGGAGGCUUCCUAAGCAGUGUUGCUUAUCAGAGAAAUGGCAGAUGAUUUUAUUCGCCAUGGAGAUGAUCCCUUCAAUCUAGUGUAGCUAGAGAUGCCAGGAAAACAGCAUCGGGUUUCUGGCUUUCUGUCCCUGGUAGCCCUUAUCUUGGGGUAAUGCUUUUGCAUUUCUUGGUCUCAUCUCUCCAGCUUGGUCUUUGUUACACACAGCUUUAUAUGUCAGUAUCUCCCUAAAAAUCAUGCACGUUUUUAGUCAGAUAAAUAUAGCUUAUUUCUGGCCAAAGAAGUUCAUUUUUAGAUGAACCUAUUCCAAAUUGGUGUGGCUAUUAAACUUAACCACUUUCACUUUUCUAGUUCUACUAGGGUAACUUUAAUUUGAAUGGGAAAGGAACUUCUACUAUCCAUUUUUAAUAUAUAGCAACCUGGAAUGAACACAUCCUCAGUUUUCUUUACUGAAGCUAGCAGAGGUUUAAGUUAUAAAGACUUUCUAAUUCUUUUAGUAAAGCCUCAAGAAAUUUAACAGUUUGGAGAGAAGCAGCACUGAUAACACUUUGUCUUAUGGUUUGGUCCAGAUUUUCAAAGGGUCUUCAGAUGUCUGACCUGCCUUUUGAAGAUCUUUCCUUCUCUUUGUAGUGUUCUGCAAGCAAGCACCCGUGUGAUUCUACCAACACCUCCAUUCAUAAUUUGAGAGUUACGGCAUGGAAAAAAUGAGUGUGCUGUCCCACUUACUCUCAGCCUGUAUAUUAAGAACAGAAGUUCAGUUCUGGCUUCUCAUAAUGGAUUAAAUAUUCCUUCAGUAGUACUGUGAGAUUCCUACUUGCAUUUGAGUAGUUGGUAGUACACAUGCAAGUUGAUUUUACUGCCUUUUAAGAGUUGUAAUACUAACUCUUUGUCUCUAUCCAGUAUAGGUCUUCAGAAAAUACCUACUUGCAGAUCAGUUGCAAUAACUUCUCAUUUCUAAAUGUUUCAGAAUUACACUGGGAUUUUAACCUUUGGAAAUAAUCAGUGUGUCUUUUCUCUAGAGCAAGUCUGUGCUUUGUAAAGGCUAGAUGGUGUCUUGUGCAUUCAGUCAUUAACUUAGGUUAAUGCCUAAAUUUAUGUUCCACCUAUUUUUAUAUAUCACUCACUAUUCACAUUCUGGAUACUAGAUGGCUAUAAUGCUGGGGGAAGUUUAGUUGAGUUCAGAGCUGAAGGUCAGUGUGGUUCUGUUGAGUUAGUUGUGGUCAGCUUUUUAUCCUCAGGCUAUUUGCAUACGUAACGAGAUUGGUGUUUUCCUUGUGACAGGGUUUUCUACAUCCUUUUUUUGGAUUUAUGUAGGCUUAAGAAACAUGUAAUAUGUAACAGAGCUUUGCUUAGAUUAAAAGGUGAACAAAAAUCUGUGGGUCAGAUAGGAAGUAUUUGACCAAGACCUGUAGGUCACAGUGCAGAGCUAGGAACAUGCUUGAUACAUACAGUUACUGUUUUGGUUGUAUUUUUCCAUUUCCUGCUAAUGCACAGUUAGAGGCAGCAGACUUAACAAUCACUGUAGAUAAAAUGGGUGAAUUAAGUCCUCCAACAUGACCAUGGGAGAUUUAAAAAAAAAAAAAGCUUUAUCAGAGUAUAGAGAGAUAAUUCCCUGCUUAUGUUCUUUAAGUUUUGCUGGUAUAUUCCAAAGUACAUUGCCAGUAUUGUAAUCUGUAAUAAAAUUACUAAUACUUUAACUUUAAAAGAAGUCUGCAAAGAAGCCUGUUUUAUUAGUUUUGUUUACUUCACACCUGUGAAACAUACUAAGUAUUCUUAAAACCACACUUCCUGAGAGCAUCUCAAAAGAUGCUGUAAUAUACUUGUAACUAUUAAUGUGCUAAUGGAAUAUGUUUGAGCAGUCUAGGUUUGCAUAACCGAGUGCCAAAUCCUGCUCACUUUAGUUACUUGAGUAGAUGAUUCUCUUAAAUGGGGACUGUUUUAAACUAAUAAGCAGGAUUUGGCCUCGGUCUUCUGCCUGGGGAACACAGUAAUGCUACUUUGCAUAAUCCUGCUGGUGCUAAAUCAUUUGUGGAAAAUAAAGAUUCUAAAUAGAAAUUGUAAAUAAAAUAUUUACGGCCUGGUCCUUUUGACAGACUUAAAAGUUAUAAUUUGCAAAUAUUUUUUUGCCUUAAUUCAAGUUUCCUUUUUUUCUUGUUUAGAGUAUGAGGACUGUUUUUGUUAAUGUGACAAGUUAUUGGCAGGUUUGGCUUCUGGUGCUGCUUUCUGUAAGGCCCUGCCCUUAGCAUUCCCAUUGUGCAUUACAAUACGGAUUACUUUUCAUUGCUGGAUUUCAGUGUUAUCCUUCAUCUUGUUUUGUCAUUGUAGCUGUUUAAACAAACAGUAUUAAGUAGAACACGACUGGCAUUUGCUCUCUGCUAAAACUGCAAGAAAAUCUGUCAUUACUGUGAGGAUUUGGGGAAGUUGUUGAAAAUGCAAAAAUACACAUUGAAGAUAACUUUAAAAGUUAAAUGUAGUAAUUAGUCUUGCCUAUAAAAUAAACUGGAAUAUGGUGUUUCCGUUGCUAAUCUUCACUAUAAAUUGCUAGUAUUUCAUAAUUCUAGCAUCAAUUUAAGAACACUGUAAAUACAAGCUUUGGGAGGACGUAUAUUAGUUUCAGAUUGUGGAUUUCAAAAGAAGUAUAAGACUAGUGAAUUAGUGUUUUGAGAAGUAUUAAAUUAUGACAUCUAGAACCUGAAAAUUAGCGUGUUGAUGUUACAGAGAUAGGAUAUAGAGGGCUUUUGAUAACCUGCACUUUUUUACAUUUCUUGAGUUGUGGCAUUUUAACAAACGAGCAUUUAAUUUUCCAUCUACUGUCUCACCCUAUGCAGGCCUUCUAAUCACCAACUGCUGUCUUCACAUAUUUGUUUUAGUUAGCACAACGGACAGGCAAAUUUAUAAAUUGUAAACCCCUAUAGGAUGGAAGUUCUCCGAAGAGCCAUUUGGUUAAGUUGCCUUAUUCUAUUACACUGCACUCAUGGUAUGUCUCCACUUCCUUGUUUACUGUUCAGACACUGAAGAUGUGAUGUUAAAAUGUGAUACAAAUUCUCAUAAAUUACUGAUCAAUACCUUUGUGUCACCUGUUAAUAUAGGUCUUGUAAAUGAUACCUUUAUGCCAUCUGUAAUACAGCUCUUGUAAAUUGUUUAAAUUAUUUUUCUUUUUAGAGAUUCUCGUUACUGAAUGUACAGAUUAGAUCCCUUCAGUAUGUCACUGAGUAAUUUGAUUGGGGCCCAAAUAUGGCCAAUGCUGUAAUUCAUCCCAUCAAAACUGUAAAUAAUUCUUUCCUGCUUGUUUGCAUGAAUGAAGUUUGGAUUUCGUUUACUUUAUCAUAAGCCAACUCCUCUGUGAUGGGCCUACUUGUUAUUUUCCUGGUUUUACUACCAUUUGUUCUGUAUGAAUGUUGAAACAGUACUUUGUCUUUUCCUAAUAAAUAAUUUGAGAUUGUUCA